ACAAGAGCUUGGCAUUUGCUCCUCUCGUGAAAGGGCAACACGCUAUUUAAGCAAAGAAGAGUGUAAUAUCUGUAUAAUACAUCAUAAAAAAACAACACAUUUUAAAUGUAAUACCUUAAAACCAACUGUGGAAACUACUCUAUCGUAAUACUCCGUGAUCACGUGUGGAAACCACGGUUUUAAUCCUAACUUCAAUGAAGACUUAGAAUGACGUAUGGACUAGCUGAUUUAAAUCCGUUAUAUUUGAUGUAUUGACAAGUGUCAAUAUGAGAAGAUAAAAUAACGUAAAGUCAACAUUAUCACAUAAAAUAGUGAAUAGUAGGUGAAAGUCGUUUUCACUCAUAUCUAAAAUAUUAAAUAUGUCUUUUCUUCGUGGCUCUGCCAAUUAUGUUUGGUGUACUACUAGCGUGCUUGGCAAGGGUGCGACUGGCGCGGUAUUCCAAGGUGUUAACAAAAAUAAUGGAGAACCUGUUGCGGUCAAGACCUUCAAUCAGCUCAGUCAUAUGCGACCACCUGACGUGCAAGUGAGAGAGUUUGAGGUCUUGAAAAAGGUCAAACAUGAAAACAUUGUUAAAUUGUUGGCGAUUGAAGAAGAGCAAGAAGGUAGAGGUAAAGUAAUUGUAAUGGAACUCUGUACUGGAGGUAGUCUUUUCAAUAUCCUCGACGAUCCGGAAAAUACUUAUGGUCUCGCUGAGAGUGAGUUUUUAUUAGUAUUGGAACACUUGUCAGCUGGAAUGAAGCACUUACGUGACAAUAAUUUAGUUCACAGGGAUUUAAAGCCAGGUAAUAUAAUGAAAUUUAUUGCUGAUGAUGGCAGUACGAUAUACAAGCUUACUGAUUUCGGAGCUGCUCGUGAAUUACAAGAAGAUCAGCAAUUUGUUUCUUUGUAUGGCACUGAGGAAUAUUUGCAUCCAGAUAUGUAUGAACGUGCUGUUCUGAGAAAACCUGUUGGCAAAACAUUUGGUGCAACUGUUGAUUUAUGGUCUAUAGGUGUGACACUUUAUCAUGUAGCAACAGGAAAUUUACCUUUUAGACCAUUUGGUGGACGAAGAAACAAAGAGACCAUGUUCUAUAUCACAACAAAGAAAGCAUCAGGUGUGAUAUCUGGACUACAAACUUCGGAAAAUGGACCAAUCAUAUGGAGCACAGAACUGCCUCAAACCUGUCAGUUGAGCACUGGUCUUAAGAAAAUAGUCACACCAUUACUGGCUGGCUUGUUGGAAGUAGAUCCACAAAGAAUCUGGAGUUUUGAUCGAUUUUUUAAUGAAGUUACAGACACGCUUUGUAGAAAAGCUAUUCACAUAUUUAAUGUUCAUAGAACUAAUUUGAUUAAGGUGUUUCUACAUCCGGAAGAAAAGCUGGUUGCUCUGCAGAUACACAUUCAAGAGCAGACUGACAUUGCACCUCAAGCGCAAAUUCUUCUUCUAGGAGAAAUUCCUCUUGUAAAUCUUGUUGAAGAAUCUACAUCUGGCAAAGGAUAUCCCAAUACUAGCAAUGACAAGCCGUUGAUACUAUUCUCACGAGAAAAUAAUAACGUCGUAUUGCCAGUAGAAAACGAACUGCCUAAAUUUCCCGUUUUUGCGAAUCUUGUUUCUGUAGAGAAUGAUGCGAGCCAAGCCAAGGUUGCGUGUUCAGUCGGACAUGUUUGUAAACGUAGAAUUGACAAAUUAGCAUUGUGUAGUAAAUUGUUGAGAGACGCCAUAGAAGCGUUCAGCGGAUUUUUGUCUACAGAACUUACUCGAGUCUUGGGAAAGUGUCAGCAUUCGAAAGAAUUCACAAAAACUAUAGAAGACACUGUUUUGGCGAUAGAAAGAUGCGAGAGUUUUGCCAGGUAUGUGUUUCGAAAAUUUGGAAGUCAAAUCGUGAUAGAAGUGAAAAAUUGGCGAAAAGAAUUGGACAUAAAAAGCAAAGAUCUUGUGACUGGAUUAACCCCAGCGAUAAUGCAACUUCAUCAGAGGUAAAUAAUUAUUGUAAAUAUAUACAAGGUGUCCCAUCUUAAAUAUCUUGUUUAUUUUUUAUGAUACAAAACAAUGUCAGAGGAAAACAUUAUUUAGUUCAAAGGAGCAAAUAUUCUGAUACGCAUCAACUUUUUCUCAAGAUCAUAUUUUUGAAAUUUUAAGGUUACCAAUGUUUAAUAGCGAGCAGAACAGGUGUAAAUAUAUACAAACUAUAAAGGGCCUUCUACAAU